CCCCCUUCCCUGCGCCUGUAGUCGCGGCUGUGGCUGCAGCCGCCUCCUGAGCUGACCGAGUUCUGGGGGCUCCCUCCCCUGGCGCCGUUCGCGUUCUUCUGUUGCCUUCACUGACGAUGAGUCCCUGCGCGGCUGUGUGUGGACCCCGCGGAGACCACCGACGCAGUUUCAUCUAGCGACUGGUCACCCUUGCAAUUAUGGAUAUUUAAAAGGAUCAGACAGUGUGGAGGGGGAGUUCCCCUCCCCACUCCCCCUUGGUGCUUGACUCCAGGAAUAAUUUAUAAACUGUGGAAUUUUUUAAUGAAGAACUUUUAUUUGAUAUGAACUUUAUAGAGCUAUUUAUAAUUUUUUUGAUUUAAGUGCCAAAAAAUUAUAUAAAGAUAUAUAGUUUUAUACUAUUGCUAUGAGGAUUUAAAUUACAAUCUUGAAAAGAUAAUUUAUUCUCUCAGUUUUCCUGAAUAGCACCUUUGCAUCCUGGCUGUUUCAUUUUUAAAAAUUAGUUUUAACUGACUAUUCUGAAGAAGUAAAGCACUAUAAAAACUAUUAGGAUGAAUUCUUCCAUCCCUGACUGCACAUCAAAGUGUCGAUCCCUGAAGCAUGCUUUGGAUGUCCUUGCUGUGGUAACCAAGGGAAGUGAAAACCAGAUUAAGGCUUUUCUUGCCAGUCAUUGCUACAAUGCUGCAACUAUCAAGGAUGCCUUUGGCAGGAAUGCCCUCCACCUUGUCUCUUCCUGUGGAAAGAAAGAGGUGUUAGAUUGGCUUAUUGAAAAAGGAGUGGAUCUGUUGGUGAAAGACAAGGAGUCAGGAUGGACAGCGUUGCACAGAAGCAUUUUUUACGGACAUAUUGAUUGCGUUUGGUCUCUAUUGAAGCAUGGUGUUAGUCUGUAUAUUCAAGAUAAAGAAGGCUUGUCAGCUUUGGAUCUUGUAAUGAAGGAUAGACCAACUCAUGUAGUAUUCAAGAAUACUGAUCCUACAGACGUCUACACUUGGGGUGAUAAUACAAACUUUACCUUGGGUCAUGGAAGCCAGAAUAGCAAAUAUCAUCCAGAAUUGGUCGAUUUGUUCUCCCGGAGUGGGGUUUAUAUCAAGCAGGUGGUGCUUUGUAAAUUUCACUCAGUUUUUCUGUCUCAGAAAGGGCAGGUUUAUACCUGUGGUCAUGGUCCUGGAGGACGAUUAGGCCAUGGAGAUGAACAGACAUGCUUGGUCCCUCGGCUUGUGGAAGGACUCAUUGGUCAUAAUUGUUCCCAAGUGGAUGCUGCUGAGGAUCAUACUAUUGUAUUAACUGAAGAUGGAUGUGUUUAUACAUUUGGUCUAAAUAUUUUUCAUCAAUUAGGAAUCAUUCCUCCACCUUCCAGUUGUAAUGUACCCAGACAGAUGCAGGCAAAGUAUUUGAAAGGAAGGACAAUCAUUGGAGUGGCAGCUGGCAGAUUUCAUACAGUUUUGUGGACUAGAGAAGCUGUUUAUACUCUGGGACUAAAUGGUGGACAACUGGGUUAUCUACUAGAUCCCAAUGGAGAAAAAUGUGUAACUGCUCCUCGUCAAGUCUCUGCCCUUCAUCAUAAGGACAUCGGUCUAUCUUUGGUUACAGCAAGUGAUGGAGCCACAGUCUGUGUUACCACAAAGGGAGAUAUUUACUUACUUGCAGACUAUCAGUGCAAGAAGAUAGCUUCUAAACAACUGAACUUGAAAAAGGUUCUUGUGUCUGGAGGUUGUAUGGAAUACAAGGUUGAUCCUGAACAUUUGAGAGAAAAUGAGGGUCAAAAAAUUUGCAUUCUUGCAAUGGAUGGAGCUGGAAGGGUGUUUUGUUGGAGAUCAGCCAGCAGUUCUCUUAAGCAGUGUCGCUGGGCCUAUCCACGGCAGGUCUUCAUUUCUGAUAUUGCUUUAAAUAGAAAGGAAAUUCUGUUUGUCACACAGGAUGGGGAAGGAUUUAGAGGGAAAUGGUUUGAAGAAAAAAAAAAGAGUUCUGAAAAGAAAGCAGAGAUUUUAUCAAGCCUUCAUAAUUCGUCAUCAGAUGUGACUUGUGUCUCUGAAAUAAAUAGUGUGUAUGAAAGAAUUCGACUUGAAAAACUUACUUUUGCACAUAGAGCUGUUAGUGUCAGCACAGAUCCAAGUGGAUGCAACUUUGCAAUCCUGCAGUCAGAUCCUAAAACAAGCCUUUAUGAAAUUCCAGCUGUGUCCUCAUCAUCCUUUUUUGAAGAGUUUGGCAAACUUUUGAGGGAAACAGAUGAAAUGGACAACAUUCAUGAUGUGACAUUUCAAGUUGGCAAUAGAAUCUUCCCUGCACAUAAAUAUAUUUUGGCAAUGCGUUCUGACUUUUUUCAGAAAUUGUUUCUUUCAGAUGGUACUGCUUUAGAAUUUACAGAUGUUUACCGGAAAGAUGAAGAUUCUGCAGGAUGCCAUCUCUUUGUGGUAGAGAAGGUUCAUCCUGACUUGUUUGAAUAUCUUUUGCAAUUUAUAUACACAGACACUUGUGACUUUUUAACGCAUGGUUUCAGACCAAGAAUACACUUAAACAAAAAUACAGAAGAAUAUCAGGGCACUCAGAGUUCCCAUUUGCAUGAAAUGAAUUGCCAUGAAGAUGAUAAUCAGAAGUCAACAUUUGAAGUUUACAAAAGUAAUCAAGCUCAUAAAAUGUGUGAAAGGCAGAAGAACAAACCCAAAUCUUGUAAAAAAGGAAAGAGUGUUGGGGAAGAUGAUCCUGUAAGAAUGUUGCAAAGUGUUGCAAAUAAAUUUGGCUUCAGUAAUUUGAGUAGUAGGUUAGAUGGAGUCAGGUUUGAAAAUGAAAAAAUUAAUAUUAUUGCCAAGAAAACUGGUAACAAACUGAAGCUAAAUCAGAAAAAAUGUUCAUUUCUGUGUGAUGUGACCAUGAAAUCAGUAGAUGGAAAGGAAUUUUCAUGUCAUAAAUGUGUUCUUUGUGCUAGACUUGAAUAUUUUCAUAGUAUGCUGAGUAGCACAUGGAUUGAGGCUUCCAGUUGUGCAGCUUUGGAAAUGCCAAUACAUUCUGAUAUAUUAAAAGUUAUUUUGGACUACCUCUAUACUGAUGAAGCUGUGGCAAUAAAAGAAUCUCAAAAUGUAGAUUUUAUUUGUAGUGUUCUUGCGGUGGCUGAUCAACUUCUCAUAACUCGACUGAUAGAGAUUUGUGAAGUAGCAUUAACUGAAAAACUUACCCUUAAGAAUGCUGCUAUGCUACUGGAAUUUGCAGCAAUGUAUAAUGCUGGACAAUUGAAACUGUCUUGUUUACAGUUUAUGGGACUAAAUAUGGCAGCUUUACUUGAAGCAAGGUCUCUUGAUGUUUUAAGUGAUGGUGUUUUGAAGGAUCUUUCUGUGUUUUACCGAAAAAUGAUUCCAGCAAUGGAUAGAAGAGUCAUUACACCAUAUCAAGAUGGACCAGAUGUUAGCUAUUUGGAAAUAGAAGAUGGAGAUAUUUUUUUGAAAGAAGAAAUAAAUAUGGAUCAACAGUAUUCGGAAACUAUGUUCAAGAAGGCAAAAACAAAAGCUAAAAAGAAGCCACGUAAACGUUCAGAUAGUUCUGGAGGUUAUAACCUUUCAGAUAUUAUUCAGAGUCCAUCAUCUACAGGAUUGUUAAAGUUUGAUAAGACCAAUUCUGUGGAAUCUCUUCCAGAACUAUUGACAUCAGACUCUGAAGGAAGCUAUGUAGGCGUGGGUAGUCCUAGAGAUUUACAGUCUCCUGAUUUUACAACAGGAUUUCAUUCAGAUAAGAUUGAGGGAAAAGUUAAACCAUAUGUUAAUGGUAUACCUCCUACAUAUUCUAAAGAAGAUUUAAAACCAUGGGAAAAGUCACCAAUACUUAAAAUGUCUGCUCCACAGCCUAUUCCCAGUAACAGAAUUGAUACCACCAACUCUUCCAGUUGGGUUGCUAGUUCUUGCAGUCCUGUUAGCCCUCCUGUUGUGGAUCUGAGAACCAUCAUGGAAAUAGAAGAAAGCAGACAAAAGUGUGGAGCUACACCAAAGUCACAUUUAGGCAAAGUGGUUUCUCAUGGAGUUAAACUUUCUCAGAAGCAACGAAAAAUGAUUGCAUUGACUACCAAAGAAAUCAAUUCAGGAAUGAAUAGCAUGGAAACAGUUUUAAACACAUCUUCAAAAGCCCCCAAACCAGUAAAUGCAUGGACAUCUUCUCUACAUUCAGUUUCAUCCAAGUCUUUCCGAGAUUUCUUACUAGAAGAAAAAAAGUUUGUUAUUGGCCAUAGUUCAGGGGAUCAUGUCAAAAAAGUUUGUUUUAAAGGAAUUGAAAAUUCUCAGGAUCCAAAGGUUUUAAGAUGCUCUACCCGUUGUGCCACAGGACCAGAAGGCAGCCACAUUUCAGAUUUACCCCUUCUAGACGGUCCCAAUCCCUGGCUGUCUUCUUCAAUGACUGCUUCUUCCAUGGUAGCCCCAGUCACUUUCGCAUCUAUCGUAGAAGAAGAACUACAACAGGAAGCAGCUCUUAUUAGAAGCCGAGAAAAACCCUUGGCUCUAAUUCAGAUUGAGGAGCAUGCAAUACAAGAUUUAUUGGUCUUCUAUGAGGCACUUGGCAACCCUGAAGAGUUUGUCAUUGUUGAAAGGACACCACAGGGACCACUGGCAGUACCUAUGUGGAAUAAGCACGGAUGCUAGUUCAUUGUGGGGUUGAAAUGCAUUUUUUUAUCAUUAUGAUUGGUGGUAUACAGAAAAGCUGUGCAAAAGAGUUCUUAUAAAAUUGGUAACAUUCUAGAUAGAAUAAGAAAGGAUCUAAUUCCUUUACUGCAGUUAAAACAUAAUGUUUAUAUGAUUAAAAUGAAAUUCCUCAGAAUUGUGAUUUUAAUAACCUUUUAUGUAAAAAUGUGUGAGAGAAAAAACUUAUUAGGUUAAGGUUAAAUAGGAUUGUUUCUUCUGAGUAAUCUAACAAAGGAAAAUAGGAAUGAAUUGUAAAAUAUAUGGCAAUGUGUUAAAAAUAACUUUUUUGAUUGAGAAUUUAAAAGAUUUUGCCAAA